GUCGGGUCCCGGGCCGUUGGGGUGGGCCUGGUUUCCUCUUCCUCGUUUUCCUCCUUUUCCUCCUUUUCCUCCUCUUCCUCCUCUUCCUCCUCUUCCUCCUCUUCCUCCUCCGGGAAGCAGCACCACCGGAAUCCAAGUGUUCCUCUGGGAUGCUGGCGUCGGAGCAGCUGGCCAGGCUCCGCCGGGCCAACCAAGACCUCCUGCGGCAGCUCUGGAUGAAACAGGAAGAGAUCCGAAAACAAGUUCCUAGAAGCCGGGAGCCUUCCGAGAAGCCCCUGGGGCUCGGGACUCUCCAUGAACAAACCGCCUCAACUGAGGAGCGGCAUCUUCCGGAUCCUCCGAGGAAAGAGAAGGAGAAUGGAAUCCGGAGGACCAAGGACGCAGCCACCGUGGUCUCCAUGGAAGCAGGUGCCCAGACAGCCCGGAUUCUCCUCUGCUCUCCUCCGAGGUGCUCCUGGCAGGAAGGAAAAGGCGAACGACGGGAGCGGAGGCCCAGUGGCUCCGAUCCAGACCCCACCGGGCCUGAGCUGAGCAGGGCACCUGCCCCCCGGGGCAGGCAGAGCAAACCCCACGGAGAUGGGGUGGUUCGGAGCAGCGGCUGCCCCGAGAAUUCGCUCCUGCGGGCCAGGUCCCGGCCACCGGCCUCUGGAGAGAGCGGGAGGCCCCUGAUGGAGUCCUGUUCAGCUCUCCAGAAAACUCCCCCGGGGGCAGGGGACCCAGGACACAGGCUGAACCCUGGCAGGUGCCAGGAGGCCAGGCCACUGAAGUCCAUCCUGGUGACCCCGCAGACUAAGGAUUCCAAGAAAGAACCCUCCCGGGUGGCCUUCCGGAUGGACUCUGAGGAGUUCGCAGACUCCGAGGAGCUCACGGUCCCUGAGGACAGCUGGCCACUGAGGCCUUACCUGGGCUAUGACUGGAUUGCAGGUCUGCUCGAUCUGGACUCGUCCAUCAGCGAGAAGUCCGAGCGGUUCUUCUCCGAGCUGCACGAGUUCCGACAGGCCAAUAAGGAGGAGUGUGUCUACGCUGGCCCGGAGCAGAGUCCCCUGGACAUCUCGAUCGCUGGGACUGAAGAAGAGCCGACUCCUGGGUCCCAUCAGUGUAUCCACUGUUACAAGGUGAAUCAGCGUCUAUUUGCAGUGCCAGUGCAUCCUGAGGCCUCCUGCCCUGUCUGCAAAACCCCCAGAGCCCAGCGGCCCCCUGAGACUCUGGAGGAACCUGCUUACAUCAGGGUGACCAUUCCCCGCUCCACCUUCCUGGCUCCCCACCGCUACCACGUGCAUCGCCGCAAGAGCUUCGAGGCCACGGACACUCUGGCUCUGCCGCCGCACUGCCAGUUGGGCUGGGAGAACAGUGUGCCUUUGGGCAGCUCCACCCUCAGCAGCCUGGAUCUGUGGGCUGCCCUGGACCCCUCAGCCACAAGCAAGAAGCCUCCAGACCCUUCUCACCCGAGCCUGGCAGCAUCCAGCGUGGUGGGCAACAGCAGGUCAGACCAGCUCCUCGACCCGGCCCAGCUGAGCAGCGUGGCGCGGUUCUGGCGAGGGGGCCUGGGCCCUCCUCCCCUACCCUGAGCGCUGAUGUCCUCCCAUCUGGAACAGGAACCCGGGGCAAGGAGUGACUGAUGGGCAGGCCCCUGCACCCCGACUUUCCGCCAUUCCCUUCUCCGCUGCAGUCCUCCCAGCAGAAUCCGGUACCCUCACGGGGAGGGGAAUUGACUGGAACGUCUGCUCCAUCUGGCCCUGAAUGGGUACCACCCGAGGAGAUGAACCCUCUGGAGCUGCUGGGAUCGACUUCAAGGAUAAGGGGCAGAAGGCAGUGUUGUUUUUAAAAAUAAAGUUGGUGUCUGCCGGGCCCCUUGUUUACUGAUGUUGAUGGUGGUCUUGGCCCCCUAAGCCAGCAAUAUGUGUUCGUGUUCUUGCCUCAGUGGAA